AUGCAUGUCUAUGAAAUGAAUAGUGUAAAUCAAUAGUUUACUAAAACAAAAGAUAUUAUUGUAAAUGGAUGUAAAAUUAAUUAAGGUGGAUUAUUUCAUAAUAGUUUAUUAUUUAUUAAAUCAAAAUAAUUAUUAGUUAAUAAGCAUGGUAAUUGUGUCAAUUUAAUCAGAAAGACAUAAAAUGAGGAAUUUAAAGUUGAAUAAUCUCAAGUUUUCAUCUUAAUUUCUACAAAAAUGUGGAGACAAUUUUUACAAAAAGUACAUCUUCUCUUUUUACAAUACCCCCCUCUUUGGUUUUUUUUAAUAAAAUAUUUUUAUGACCUCUAUUUUCUUCCUGAGAAGUGA